AUGAAGGUUUUAAAUUGUUUAGUUUUCUUAUUAUUAUCAGUUUAUUGUGUCGCUUCAAUUAAAAUCGGAUCAAAUACUGGUACUAGUCAUCAAACCAAAUCAUGCUUUGACUCGAUCGAUGGUUUUUCAACUGGAUUCGAAGCAGUAUCAUACAAUACAUACUAUCCAGGCCAAUCAGGAAAAUUUGAACCAUUAUCAUAUUCAGAAAAUGGGUAUCAAACUGUAGAUUUUAAUGCUCAAUCAAUGUUCAUAGAUUUCGAAAUCAAUAUUGAAGGAGGUCAGCAAAUCGGAAAACUUUGGGGUUUCUCCCAAAAUAAAACCCAAUAUGUUGUUACCACCAUCAACAAUAAUGACUAUUGUAUUGAACAACCAUUACAAUUUGCUAUUCCAUCAUCCAUCCCGGAUAGCUCCAAAGUUGGUACUGUAGUUUUAGGUAAUACCGUCUGUGAUGUAUAUCAUAUCGUUGAUUCAAUCACUGGUAACUACACUUCACAAUAUGCUAUUGUAGACCAAGCCACCUGUGCUCUUAUGAGCUCCACUGUUAAAAAUCAACCAAACACUACCAUAGGCUCUGCAGUUAUAAACUUUUUCGAUUACCAACCAAAUGUAGAUACCCAAUCACUUCAAUUACCAUCAAUUUGUAUCACUAAUCCAAUUAUCCCAACAAAUUCCCCAACAUCCGUACCAAAAUAUUUAGGUCAUUUUAAUUUAUUUAAAAAUUAA